AUGAAGUGGGCUAUAGAGCUAAGCCAAUAUGACCUCCUCUACCGGCCAAAAGCUGCAAUAAAAGCCCAGGCUUUAGCUGACUUCGUAGCAGAGUUCACCCCAUCGGCCGAAGAAGAGAAAAUGGUCAACGAAAAGAAGGAAAGUUCAAAAGCAGACGGGACCUCCGCUGAACCUAGCCAACCUAGAGACAUGUGGCAGUUGCGGGUAGACGGAGCGUCAAACCAAAAAGGAGCUGGAGCGGGUGUCGUCAUCAUCACCCCGGAUGGAACCUUGUUGGAGCAAGCUAUCACGCUUGGCUUCCCGGCCUCGAACAACGAGGCAGAAUACGAGGCACUGCUCGCCGACCUGCGCUUGGCAAAGGAACUCGCAAUCAAGAAGCUAGCCAUCUACUCAGAUUCCCAGCUGAUCACAAAUCAAGCAUCAGGUGAAUACAUGGCGAAGCACCCAAGGAUGAUCUUGUACCUUGACAAAGUCCAGGAGUUGUUGAAGGCGUUUCCUACCUUCACCAUCCAACAAGUACCCCGGGCAGAGAACGCGUAUGCAGACGCACUAGCCAGCCUAGGGUCAGCACUGGAUGCCUAG